UGGACUCUGCUAGAUGGCCCUCAGAGCCUUCUGGCGAGGCAGCUGCCUGCCAACUGCUUUCCUGCUAACCAGAGCCAGACGGUCCCUUAAUCUGCUGGCAAAUCUAUGCCUCUGGGCUUCGUCCAGGCUGCUGCUGGGCGAUGCAGUCAGGGGACGGGGUAGAGGUGCCUGCAGCACUCCCCACAGCCCUGGAGACCACCGGGAUGCUAUGGCUGUGCCCUCACUCUCUCCUGGAGUGCCCAGGUGUGUUUUGGGGUGGGGUAUCAGCCAGACCUCUGCAUCCACGCAUGCUGACACAGCCCUCCUGCAGGAUCCCAGACGUGAGCGGGACACUGGACUGUGUCGUGUAGAGGGCCCUGCCAUCCCCCUGCAGCGCCGGAGAAAAUGAACAAGAUGAAAAACUUCAAGAGGAGGUUUUCCCUCUCGGUUCCCCGGACAGAGACCAUCGAGGAGUCGCUGACCGAGUUCACGGAGCAGUUCAACCAGCUCAACAACAGGAAGAAUGAAGACAUAGCUCACGGGCACCUGCAGCUGGGCAGGGACUUCCAGGCGGACCCGACCUCCAUUUCCCUGUCAGAGGUGGAGGGCCAGUCCCCGACAACUGUACGCUACCGGAACAACAACCAACGCCGCUUCUCCAUGGAGGACGUCAGCAAGCGGCUCUCCCUCCCCGUGGACAUCCGCCUGCCCCCGGAGUUCCUGCAGAAGCUGCAGAUGCACAGCCCCGAGUUCCCCAAGCCCCUCAGCAGGAUGUCUCGGCGGGCAUCCCUGUCAGAUAUCGGAUUUGGGAAGCUGGAAACCUACGUUAAAUUGGACAAGCUGGGCGAGGGCACCUAUGCCACUGUCUUUAAGGGGCGCAGCAAGCUGACAGAGAACCUGGUGGCUCUGAAAGAGAUCCGUCUGGAGCAUGAAGAAGGGGCCCCCUGCACAGCUAUAAGGGAGGUCUCGCUCCUGAAGAACCUGAAGCACGCAAACAUUGUGACCCUGCAUGAUAUCAUUCACACAGAGCGAUCCCUCACCCUUGUCUUCGAGUACCUGGACAAUGACCUCAAACAGUACCUGGACAACUGUGGGAACCUGAUGAGCACGCACAACGUGAAGAUCUUCAUGUUCCAGCUGCUGCGAGGUCUGUCGUACUGCCACCGGAGGAAGAUCCUGCAUCGCGACCUCAAACCGCAGAACUUGCUCAUCAACGAGAGGGGGGAGCUGAAGCUGGCAGACUUCGGUCUAGCCAGAGCCAAGUCAGUCCCUACCAAGACGUAUUCCAACGAGGUGGUCACGCUGUGGUAUCGGCCUCCGGACGUCCUGCUGGGCUCGACCGAGUACUCCACGCCCAUCGAUAUGUGGGGCGUGGGCUGCAUCCACUAUGAAAUGGUCACAGGACGGCCCAUGUUCCCUGGGUCCACCGUGAAAGAAGAGCUGCAUUUAAUCUUCCGGCUGCUGGGGACCCCUACAGAAGACUCCUGGCCUGGAAUCACAUCCAACGAGGAGUUCAAGGCGUACAGUUUCACCCAAUACCUCGCCCAGCCACUGAUCAACCAUGCCCCGAGGCUGGACACAGAAGGAAUCGAUCUGCUGACAAACCUUCUCUUGUAUGAAGCCAAGAGCCGGAUCUCGGCUGAAGCAGCCUUACGACACCCGUACUUCAAGAGCCUGGGGGAACGUGUGCACCUCUUGCCUGACACUGCCUCCAUCUUCACUCUGAAGGAAAUACAGCUUCAAAAGGACCCAGGCUACCGAGGCUCAGUCUUUCAGCAGUCAGGUCGAGGGAAGAACAGGAGGCAGAGUAUAUUUUAAACCCGUCUCCUUCCCUUCAUCACCAUGGAGAUCAAAGCACCGAGGAAGGAGAGGACUACAUGCUGCCACCAGACUCAUCCGCAGAGCGUUUGAAUCUAGCAGGAAGAGACUGGAGGGCACUCUUCUGCCGCAGGCUGCCCUCCAGCUGGCCUCACAAUCCCACUGCUACCACCAGUCUCUUGUCAAAGGAGCUGCAGCGCCUGCUCCUCUCCCCCUCGCUUUUCACAUGGUGCCACCACAGCUGGGGCCCCGCAUGCCGUACCAGGGUAAGGUGCUUUACUGAGUGACUGGCUGCCCUGGGCAUAGCCCCAUGCUCCCCCCAUGUGCACCUGCUGGCGUGCUGUUGGCUGCCGUGAGGUUGGUAAGCAGGCACGCAUGGAGGCUCUGCAGGCGGGAGACAGGGUCUCCGACAGCUGGCAGGAUGGUGGCAUGGAGCGAUCAGGGAGCGGCAGAUGUACCUGCAAACACAUGGUGUGCCUGCAUCAGGCAUCCUCCUGCUCCCAUCGCUGGUGAAGUUGGACCUGGGCUGACAGACUGGUGAAGGACGGGUGUAAAGUUUCCAGCCGGGGGGUAUCUCACGAUGAGCCCCAUGCAGGGCUUUCUGGCAGUGCACACAUAGUAGGACAGAGUCGUUUGACAUGGGGGAGCUCUCCCUUAGCCUCCCCCACAGGUGCCUGAACAGGGGAUCCCUCUUCCCUACUUCCACAUUGGAGCCCAAGCGCUGUCACAAGGCUUGUCUGAACAGCUGCCCUGAGGGCCAGGAGGAUGGAGGGAGUUACGGGAACAUGCCAAUUAGCUGGAUUCCUCUGAUCCUAUCACUUUUCCCAGCAACCUUCUUCCCUGCCCACACUGUAUUUUUUAAUCUCUGACAGCUGGCUGCUAUGUACAGACUUCCCUAGUGCAAUGAUGUAGUAGGACUGAGAAUCGGGGCACACAGAUGGGCAUCAGCUCCAUGCAAAAGCAACACAGCAUUUCCCAGGACGUUCAUCCGGCUGCUCCAGCCCUCUCCAAAACAAGCAAAAUCACUCGUGUCUCACGCUCAGAGCCUACCAUGCUCCUAAUCCACCUUUGGAGAUACGGGCAUGGUCUCCACAAGUGGCUUGAGAGCUGCUGUGAACUCUCCAGCCACUCAAGGCCAUCUUUGAGUUUAUUGCAAAGUGUGAAAAAGCCGGAGUAAGUGUGCCUCCCAGUGCAGGCGUGCUGUGCGUUCUCAUCCGGGUGACAGGUGGAGGAGGAGGCUAGUCCUACCACUGUGAAGCUGCAGCAUAGAAACGGACUGAAAGGUGACAUCCCUGUUAUGCAGGGAGCGUUCCCAAGUGCGCUGCACUCACCUUUCACUCUGUGCUUGAUCGCUGUCGGCUCGUUGCCAGCUUGCACUGCCCACAGUUUCUACGCACGUGCUGAUGUCAGUGGGAUUGAAGCACUUACCUAAAUCUGAGCAUGUACCUAUGUGCGUGGCUGGAUUAGAAACGUUACGCGUGCAUGUUCUCCAUUUAUGCCACAUCUGCUCAGAUAAAAUCAUAUCCUGCCCAAACAGCUCAAACCAAACCGGAAACCAUUUUGGUUGAAAAAGUUGAAAGAAGUUUCCAUUUUUAAUAGACUGUUCCUCCCCUCUCUGCCUCUUCCUUUCUGUGCUCCGUGCUCCCCCUGCCCAGCUGGCACUAACGAAAAUCACGGGUUGGUCACCUGAUUGUGGGACUGGCAGGCAGGAAAUCCUCCAUUCCUAUCCAAACGGCUCCCCUCACAUGCUGCUAGCCUUGGGCAGGUGAUGUCACCUCUCUGUGCCUCAGUUUCCCCAUCUGUCACAUGGGGCUGAUGAUCUUUAGCUGUCUUACCGGGAGACAUAAUGCUCCAUGGCCCUCAGAAAAUGCAAAGCAUGAAGAUGAGGUGGAGAUGGGCUGGUACCUGAACUUCCCCGGUACUUGAGAUGGUUAGAGUCCGGCGUUCCAGCUCAGGUCAGAUGGGAAGCGCUAGGUCCUACAUAGGCCACAGCAGCUUGGAUUUCAGUUGGGCUCAUCCUGGAUAAGCAUCCAUACUUCUGCAUUACUUGAGGUUUGCCUAGUUUCUUUCUCCGUACACCUGGGCCAAGUAAUGUGCUUUUCUCUUUCAUUCUUUAGGGAAAGGCAUGCCUAACCCUGUCUGCAGGGCAUGUGUGCAGCACACACGUGACAUGUUUAGCCCUUGCUCAUACCUGUAUAAAGUGCAUCCGUCUGCUCAGCUUCACAGACUCUGCUCCAGCUGCACCAGGGCUCUCAAGGAAGCACAUGAGAUAGAGGUUUAAAAAAGUGUUUGCUAUAAGACCUAGCCAGUCUGAGCAAGCCUUUGCCAAUGAUUUUUGGCACAGAAGUUCCCUGGGGAGAACAAGGAUUUAUACAGGGGUGGCAAUUCCCACGGAUGGUCACAGGGCAGUGACUCAGUUGGCUGUUCAGCCCAUAGAUGAAAUGUUUCACGGAGGCCCCAUUCAGCAAGGUAUUGGAGUCCACCCCGAAUGCCAGGGAGGCAAACCAUCAGCAGGGUGACUCUUUAUGUGCUCCAGGCUGGGCAUGUGCUGAGUACCUAGCCUGGGCUGAGGGGCAGAGAGGAAGAAGCCAAUCUUCCUACCCACUUUGCAGUGACCGAGCAAGGUCCUUCAGCAGCUGGGGACGAUGUUCCUUGUGAGGCCCCAUCCCUGGCCCGUAGAGCGCUCACAAAUGGCCAAUUCCAGAGGUUCAUCUCGUCUCUCCCCCAAUACACCGUGUCCGUGUUCAGGCCUGUGCCUUCCUCCCUUUCUCAGCUCCAUGCUGUGGGGCCCAUCCAGCUGCGGCAUAAUGCAGAGUCUUUUGUGGCCACCUCUGAGUCAGAGCUGCUGCAAUGCUGCCGUGCUUUGUCAGCGGAGCUGGCAGCAAUGCAGAGAGACCCCGUCUCCUCUGUGUGCCCUGGAGCUCGACCGCACCACCACUCAUGCACACAGACAAAGCCAGCGUGGUGCAUGUUCCCCACGCCAGCACUUGGCACUCUGGUUUCUGAUCACCAACAGGUCCCGUCACCUCCAGUUGCUGCCUCUGAAAAUCGGAUCCCCCUGCCUGCAACACAUAUAGGCAUCUUUUGGUGCAGCCUUCACUCCCCACUCAAAAAAGAGGCCCAGCAUUGAAAAUACCAGUGCAGCAGGAGCAAAGGGAGGUGAGAUCACUGCCUGGAAGGCAGGCAUCAUGUGGCUGCAGAUUGGGACAAAAGGUUAAAGACGAGGCCCAGCAGCACUGCUUUCUUCAAGGUCAUUUGGUAAAGGAAAAAUAUUCUCCUUAGUCCUGUAACCUGCACGCUGUUUAUUCUUCUCUGUACCCUGCAGACCCUUCCUGAAGGAGACCUCGGUGUCAGAACGCUGUUAUUUAUUAGCUUGGUACAUGGGUAUCAGGGUGAGCUUAAGAUAACCCCUUUUGUUCCCGGGCAGUGCGGUGGGUAUUUUGUCCCUGUUCAGUACAGCAAUAGCCAGUGUAAAUAUUUAGCACGCCCCUGAGCAGGGCUUGAUUUAUAAGCCCCUGGUGCUUGUUCAUUUGCAGGGCUUGGCUGGCUGAGUCCUGUUUGCACGAUCCCGAGGUCCCUGCACACACGCUGCCUGUAAAAGCCUUUCCAGCUGCUUCUGGGCUGUAAGUGGAGCCAUUAGGCAAGAUCCUCAGCCACGCAGCUCGUCAGGGCCUCCCUGAAGUUCCUGGAGCUGCAGUGAGAUUUGCAGAGAUGUUUAAAGAGUCUGUGCAGGCAGAGGAGCACUUAGUGGCAUUUGCAAACACUCCUAAGCAAAUCAGUCGUCCAACUUGCAGUGGAAGUCAGUGGAGUUUAGCCCCUGCCUUGCAAAUCCAGUUAUGUAUGUACAUGCUUACAUGCUCAGGUGCCCAAAUGGGCACAGUGAGGGGCCAAUCUGGCCCCUGCAUCAGUUGGCCCCAGCUGAGGAUCUGUCUCCUCUGGCAGCCGAACCCAGUUCAGUUCCUGUGAGCGCUGCAUUCAUAUUUCCAAGGCUGAACCUUUGGUUCACUGUCAUUUUCCAAGCGUGACACUUACAGGGAGCCACUCUCUGCUUUCAAACACAGGUUGCAAUCCCUAUAUUUAAGAACUAAGAUAAGAGGUUUUGCCAGGAAGCUUUGUACCACCCCUUGUCUGCUGCAGUGAGAGGCAGCUUGGUCCUGUAACCUGGUUGUGCCAGUGCCUGGCCCAGUUCAAGUCUGUGAUUCACUAGAUUAGUGACUCUGGGUCUUGGGACUUCCAGCUCCACGGUGGGAAUAGAUCAAGCCAGGUUGCUGCUCUUCUCUCUUAGCAAGGUAUAGAUCAGAAGCAGCUCCACUGACAGCAGUAAAAUUACUAAUUUCAGUAUUGGGCAUGCAGCACACGAGAGCACGAGAGGGUUUUGUGACCAUGACUGUUUCUGUUUUAUUCUGUCCUAGUCUAAAGUCAAUCCAGAAGUGGCUUAGGAAGGUUCUUAGCAUGUAAACCUAGUCCCUGUGGGACUGUCACUCCUCCCCUUCCCCUCCUUUACUGCCAGUAGGUAAAACCAGGACCUUAAAGAGGUUUCCACCCCUCCUGCAUAACCAAACAAUAAACGUCAUAAGACAUUUUCUGACUCAAUAAACUUGAAUCGGUGAGGUUAAACAUCCCUAAAGGCAGCAGCACUGAGCACCAGGAGCUGAAAUGGACUCUAAACAGAGAGCAGACCUGAUGGCUUUGAUGCUUCCCGGUGAAGCUUGUGCAUGGAGUAAAUGGGGAAAAGCCAAGUGGGCUGAAAAUGCUUUAACUUCCUAUGAACUGUCUGAAACUGUUGGAUGGUGUUAGAAAUGAUUUGCUUGUUGGACAACUAAUCAAGCAGUUGACAUUUUUUCAAAAUAAGAAUUUCCAGGAGAGCUGUUGGGGGGACAAGUUGCCUUUUUUCCCAGAAAUUGUCAUUUGUGAUCAGGCGUGGUCAAGAGAGACACGUUGGUGGAACUGCUUUAAGAGUCUGCUUUCACCUGUCACAUGAGCUGAUAGUCACUUGCCAGGGAAGUGGAUAGCUGUAAAGUCAAUAUUAAUGUCUAGGUUACAGGGCAACAAUAAAACGUUAUAGACUUAGUCAUUGCCUUUCACACCCCGCAUAAACGGACCUGUUUUGGCCUGACACACCUCCAGAUCUAGAUCGAGAUUUUAAACAGCACAGCUACAGCAUGUCAGGUUUUACAGACUUACUUGCUCCCUGUUGGGGCUCAAGGUAGUAAACCAGUCACAGCAAAUUCCUAGUUUUCCAAACUGCACGUUUUUCUCAUGAUUUUUGUCCACUCGCGAUGGAGAUCGGGUUAGAACAGGAGCAGGGGGUCAUUUAAGGCUCAGGGUAAAAGCAGAGAAGCAAGAAGGUAACCGAGAGGUGGAAACGGCCUAUCCCUACAGGACGAGGUAUACUAUCACCUCCGCAGCUGUACAAAUCCCUGUGUGUGGACAUGAAACCAGACCCCUUGGCUGGAGCCUGCUCUUGCUCCGUGGGUCGUAAGUCAGGGUGAUGAAAGGCAAAUCAUAGUGCUUAGGGUCAGAAGGGACCUAAACAGAUCAUCAAGUCCGACCCCUGCAGGAACGGGUGCCGGGGUCAUAUCACCCCAGCCAAAUAUCUGCCCAAAUAGGACAGCUUUGCCCUUCCCUUGAUGCCUGAACCUGCAGCCCUCCGCGGUAGAGCCAGCUUUACCCGCAGGUGUUGUCCCAACAAUCAAGGACCCACAUCGAAACCAAUACGGCCGGAUAAUUCCUGGCAGCGAAGCCAACCUACUCCUGGUGGCUUCUCUCACGGACGUGAGACCAAGUACAUAGGGCCUGGUGUGGUGCGCACCGGAGACUCUGGGAAGCCUUUCCCCUGAGCUCACCAGGCUUUGAAGCAGGUCUCUUAACCCCCAGGGACCUGUGCCGACCCCAGCCGUAUUCAAGCCGUCUCGUCCAGCCCUGCAUUAGCACAGGGUGGCCAGAAUAAGCUCAGUGUCAUCAUUGUAAAUCUGACUUUGCUAAAAUCACUCGCUCUGCUAAAGCCUGGAUUUACACUGGUGCAAGUCAGAGCCAAACGAGGCCCAGUGGAUUCGGUAAGUGCAGUCCGCUCUUUCUGAGACUUGGGGUCAAAACAGACAAGCUCUUGCGAGCUGAAGGCCAGGGACCUUUGUCUGACAAGUCCUGCUCCAGCUGUGUCGUAUCUCUGUUCCGUUUCUGUACUCUAGAGUCCUGUACUGAAUGCAUCGUGAUUGCCCUGCAGAGUUCCCCGCUCGCAACGUCCUGUAUUAACAGGCACAAAUGUUAAGAAACCCACUUUCUGGGUUCUUUGCCGCCGCCUUCAUCCUCAGCAUCUUGUUACUCCUGGAGUGGGAAAAAAAUAUAUGCAGGCUGCUGGGUUACCCAUACUGUGAAUGUUCUCCAGUGUGAUUCAUUUGCAAAUACAAAUAAUAUAUUAUAACUAUUAUUGUACAAACAGAAGAUGCAUUUUAAAAGAAAUGAUUUUAAAGAUUUAUUCCGAAAGAACCAAUGAUUUUUUUUUUUUAAACGGGAAGUUUUUCUGGAAUAAAUAGAAAGGUAAAAAAAAAAAAGAAGAAUAAAAGAUUAUAUCCAUCUCUCAAUCCUGUGUCUGAAUGUUUUAUAAAGAUUUCAACUUUUUGUAUUUCAGAUGUGACAUGGACUAUUUUGUGAAUGUGCUCUUUUCUUGCUAAGGCUUAUAUUACAGAUGUAUCGUGAAUGCUGCAAAGCCAAGAUUGGAAAAUAAACUUUACUGAGUACAUGA